CAGCUCCGGAUACAUCCAUACGCCAAACUACACCCAAUAACAAAUGUGCGCGGACGAGAGAGAGAGAGAAAGAGAUGAGUUUAGAGAGAGAAUCGGAGAGAGGAGUUUAGAGAGAGACAAUCUGAUAGCAAAGAGGAGCUUAGAGCGAGAGAGACUUUUAGCGGUGCGCUUUGUUAAUCAGUCCAUGGCCCCGUGACCCUCUGCAUCUGGACACUGGAAGCACCAACGACCGUCUCUUUCUCUCUCUCACGAAAUCUCAGAAGGCCUCACGGAUUUGUGAGCACUCUCAAACCCUAGCGGAGCUUUCUCUCGCUGCAGGUGUUCCAUUGCAGAUAUUUCAAAAAUGUCUUGGUGUACAAUUGAGUCUGAUCCAGGUGUUUUUACUGAACUAAUUCAGCAAAUGCAAGUAAAAGGGUUGCAGGUUGAAGAGCUUUACUCCUUAGAUCUGGAUUCCCUCAACUGUCUUAGGCCUGUGUAUGGUCUGAUAUUCCUUUUCAAAUGGAGGCCAGGAGAUACAGAUCAAAGACUUGUAAUUAAAGAUCACAGCCCAAAUUUAUUUUUUGCCAGCCAGGUAAUCAACAAUGCUUGUGCAACCCAGGCAAUUCUUGCUAUCUUACUGAACUGCCCAGAAAUUGACAUUGGUCCUGAGCUCUCGAUGUUAAAGGAAUUUACGAAGAAUUUCCCGCCUGAGCUAAAAGGAUUGGCCAUUAACAAUAGCGAAGCAAUUCGCACAGCUCACAACAGUUUUGCUCGGCCUGAGCCCUUUGUGGCCGAUGACCAAAGACCUGCUGAAAAAGAUGACGAUGUGUACCAUUUCAUAAGCUAUCUGCCUGUUGAUGGGGUCCUUUAUGAACUCGAUGGAUUAAAAGAAGGCCCCAUUAGCCUUGGAAAGUGCCCUGGAGGAAGAGAUGGUUUGGAGUGGCUUCAAAUGGUUCAACCAGUGAUUCAAGAACGCAUAGAGAAGUAUUCAAAAAAUGAGAUUAGGUUUAACCUUAUGGCUAUCAUAAAGAAUAGGAAAGAGAUUUACACAACCGAAGUUAAAGAGCUCCAAAAGAGGAGAGAGUAUAUCACUCAGCAGCUUGCGGCUGCUCAACCGGAGAGAUCGGGGGGGAGAACAGAUUUGAGUACCCAAACUGGUGUGAUUGAAGGGCUAAAGAAAUCUCUUGCAGAUGUGACCUUGGGUAUCGAGAGUGUGACUGAGAAGAUAUUGAUGGAGGAGGAGAAGUUCAAGAAGUGGAAGACUGAAAACAUAAGGAGGAAGCAUAAUUACAUUCCCUUCCUGUUCAAUUUCUUGAAGAUAUUGGCUGAGAAGAAGCAGUUAAAGCCUCUUAUUGAGAAGGCAAGGCAGAAAACGAGCACAAGAUGAGAGGUAAGUCUCUCUAGUUCUUAUGAUAAAGCUUUAAAGGUAUGGAGGUUCUAGUUGGGUGUAGUUUAGGGGGAUUUCUUUUGGAUACCCUAGGCCCUGAACUUUCUGAUGUGAGAGAGUAUGCGUGACAAGGGCUGCUGAUAGAGAUUGCUGAGGGGCACGAAAGAGGAACAUUGAUUUAAUGCAAUUGAGGAUUUGAUUUUGCUGCACCAUCUCUGUGGUAAAGGCUUGUUAGAACCCUUAAUUCCCAUGUUUAAGUUGGUUCUUUGUGUAUACUUUCAUGGUUGGGGCCCAUAUUGUGUUUUACUUUCACCUUCUCUUUCUGCU